UCCCAUCCCCAUGUGUUGUGCGCUCUCCCUCUCUUAAUUGCUUGCAGCAGCUCUACUCUCUACCUCACGCUGCCCCCGUUUCCCUCCAUAGUUCCCAUUCCAUCACCUCAACCACUUUCUCUCUCUACGCUCGAGCUCAUCUCCUUCCUCGAUUCGUUCGUCUCCCGGUAAUCCCUUCGUUCGAGCCGUGUGGGGGUUCCAAUGGGCAAGAAAGGUCUCACCUCCAUCUUCUCCAAGCUCCCCGCCGGCGCCGACGAGCCUUCUCCGCCCUGGCCGUGGCCUUCGUGCCGGAAUCCACAGACCGCCUCCUUCCGCGAGGAAGACCGUCGCCGGCCCUGCAGAACCGCCGCUGUCGGCAGGGGCCCCGGGGCGGCCGCGAGGCUCAUCCACGGCGGCACCGGGGAAAUGUACAAGACGGUCAACUCCGUCUACCAGCUCGACUACAUCUCCGCCGACGGCUCCUGCUUCGACGACGAGGAGGAGGAGGGGCAGGGCGUGCUGGAGCUGGAUGACGAUGAUGGUUUCUCGACGACGACCGCGUCGGAGGAGUGGUCGGAGGCGGUGAUCCGCAGCCUCGGCCGCACGUCCACCGACCGCUUCUUCGUCGACCCCCCGGGCCCGGCGUCCAACUCCAUCUUGGCGCUGUCGCCGGGGAAGCAGUCGGCGGAAGCACCAGCGGAUGAGGCCGAGGAGAAGCCGCAGUCGGAGCCGAUUGCGUCGACGUCGCUGGUGGAGGAGAGCGUGGCGGUGGCGGUGGACUCGGAGGACCCGUACGGGGACUUCCGGGCCUCCAUGGAGGAGAUGGUGGCAGCGCACGGGCUGCGCGGCUGGGAAGCGCUGGAGGAGCUCCUCGUUUGGUACCUACGGAUCAACGGCAAGCACAACCACGCACUCAUCGUCGGCGCCUUCGUCGACCUCCUGGUCAGCCUCGCCGCGCCGCCGGCGUCGUCCUCUUCCGCCGCACCAACCACCACCACCACAGCGACGACGACGACGAUGACGACCACCAGCGCCAGCGGCGGCAGCGGGAGCACCGCCAGUACCAGCACCAGCACGUCGAGCAGCACAUGUGGCUGCGAAGGCGACGUCACGCCCGCCACAGCAACGACAGAGGAAGAACAAUGCGGCGGCCGGAACGACGCCUCGCGCUCGCCUGCCUCAUCAAACCAGAGCCUGCAUGGCAACGACAAGGAGGAGGAGGACCUCGUCGGCGACAAGGCAGGUGACGAUCUUAGCAUCAUGAGGAGUGCACAUUAGCUUGUUGGUUAGUUAAGCGGCAAAAUGUCGUCGGUUAUUUGAGAUCUCAGAAAGUUCUACGCCGGCCCUGUUUGAUUAGCGGCCCGCUUGAACGCCGGAAUUUCACAAGAAUUUGUGUUUCCAGCUUCCAACAAAUUCUCGUGAAAUUUUCGCUUUCCAAGCAAUCUCAACAAAGUUCAUGAUAAUGUUUGUUCGUUUA